GUGUCAGACCGUUGGGUCACCAGGAUCAACAGGAAGUCUCGUCUCGAAUCUGUCAGACCAUCUUUCUUCAGUAAUCUACAACCCGCGUCGUGUAAAUAGAGUAGUACCUGUUUCAGUCGACUUGCCUCAUAGGAAUACACGUAGGCCUAAAAGUUUAUUGACUUCGGCUCCAUGACGGGAAUCUCUCUGGGUAGGCUGACGGAAGAAAGAAAAGCUUGGCGGAAGAACCAUCCUCACGGAUUUGUCGCCAGACCAGAGGCGAAAGAUGAUGGCUCCACGGACAUGAUGACAUGGAAGUGCGUUAUACCUGGGAAGAAGGACACGGACUGGGAAGGUGGCCAUUACCCUCUGACGAUACAUUUUACGGAAGAUUAUCCAUCGAAGCCGCCGAAGUGCAAGUUCCCUCCAGGGUUCUUCCACCCAAACGUCUAUCCGUCAGGCACGGUGUGCCUCAGCAUUCUCAACGAAGACUAUGGGUGGAGACCAGCCAUUUCUGUGAAGCAGAUUUUAGUUGGUAUUCAAGAGUUGUUGGACCAGCCUAACCCUGCAGACCCGGCUCAAACUGAUGCUUACCAGCUCUUCACACAGGAUUCGGUGGAGUAUAAAAGAAAGGUUCGAGAGCAGGCAAAGCAGUAUCCUUCUCUAAUUUGACUUUCUGCAGACCUACCGACAUGGUGUGUAUUGAAAGAGACCUGAUCAGGUCUAUAUGUUCAGCAGCAGCUCUGCAUGACAGAGCGGCAAGAAGCAAGCAGCCUUAAUGUACUGCACAUUCGUUUAGUAGCUAUUGGGCUUAGAACUAGUAUGGCUAGUAGGUAGAAUCCACUCUGUCAACACGAC